GCAGGGGCGGCAGCUGGCGCAACCUGAUCUCGGCUUGACCCCGCGAUAUCUCCUCCGCCUUUUCCUUCCGCGUGCCGGCCUCCCUUGGGUGACGUUUCCGGGUACCCCGAUCGGUUCUGGAUUGACCGGUGCUUGUUCUCUGCCUCUCUCCCCUCUACGAUUCCGGACCCCCUGACUCCAUUUACAGGCCGGUGGCUCGUGGUGGAACCCCCUGCCCCCACCCCUAUCUCAGAGCGCCCGCACCUCUGCUCCCCAGAAACCAAUCGACUAAGAUUAAACAUCGGUGAGACCUUGGAGUGUGAGGGAUGGCAGACCAUCAGGAAUGGGAGGUGACCAUGUCUGAGUCUGGGCACAGUCAGCCUGGGCUCUACGGCAUGGAGAGGCGGCGGCGGUGGAAGGAGCCAGGCCCUGGCGGCCCCCAGAAUCUCUCGGGGCCUGGCGGUCGGGAGAGGGACUACAUCGCCCCCUGGGAAAGAGAGAGACGGGAUGGCAGCGAAGAGCCGGGCACGGCCGUCAUGCAGAAAACGCCCAUCAUCCUCUCAAAGCCUCCAGCAGAGCGGUCAAAGCAGCCGGCGCCCCCAGCAGCCCCUGCCGCCCCGCCUGCUCCGGCCCCUCUUGAGAAGCCCAUCGUCCUCAUGAAACCACGGGAGGAGGGGAAAGGGCCCGCGGCCUCGACCCCCGCCUCAACCCCCGAGGGCACCACCCCACCCCCGCCUGCGGCCCCCACGCCGCCCAAGGGCGAGAAGGAAGGGCAGCGGCCCACACAGCCUGUGUACCAGAUCCAAAACCGGGGCAUGGGCACUGCCGCGCCAGCAGCCAUGGACCCCGUCGUGGGCCAGGCCAAGCUGCUCCCCCCGGAACGCAUGAAGCACAGCAUCAAGUUGGUGGAUGACCAGAUGAAUUGGUGCGACAGCGCCAUUGAGUACCUGUUGGAUCAGACCGAUGUGCUGGUGGUCGGUGUCCUGGGCCUCCAGGGGACAGGCAAGUCCAUGGUCAUGUCGUUGUUGUCAGCCAACACUCCUGAAGAGGACCAGAGGGCGUAUGUUUUCCGGGCCCAGAGCGCUGAAAUGAAGGAGCGAGGGGGCAACCAGACCAGUGGCAUCGACUUCUUCAUUACCCAAGAGCGGAUCGUCUUCCUGGACACACAGCCCAUCCUCAGCCCCUCCAUCCUGGACCACCUCAUCAACAACGACCGCAAGCUGCCUCCUGAGUACAACCUGCCCCACACCUACGUGGAGAUGCAGUCGCUCCAGAUCGCUGCCUUCCUCUUCACCGUGUGCCACGUGGUGAUUGUCGUCCAGGACUGGUUCACGGACCUCAGUCUGUAUAGGUUCCUGCAGACGGCAGAGAUGGUGAAGCCCUCCACCCCAUCCCCCAGCCACGAGUCCAGCAGCUCUUCAGGCUCCGAUGAAGGCACCGAGUACUACCCCCACCUGGUCUUCCUGCAGAACAAAGCUCGCAGGGAGGACUUCUGCCCCCGGAAGCUGCGGCAGAUGCACCUGAUGAUCGACCAGCUCAUGGCCCACUCCCACCUGCGUUACAAGGGUACACUGUCCAUGUUACAGUGCAACGUCUUCCCUGGGCUCCCGCCGGACUUCCUGGACUCCGAGGUCAACCUCUUCCUGGUGCCCUUCAUGGACAGCGAGGCCGAAAGUGAAAACCCCCCAAGAGCAGGACCCGGGUCCAGCCCGCUCUUCUCGCUCCUCCCCGGGUACCAGGGCCACCCCAGUUUCCAGUCCUUGGUGAGCAAGCUCCGGAGCCAGGUGAUGUCCAUGGCCCGGCCACAGCUGUCGCACACCAUCCUCACCGAGAAGAACUGGUUCCACUAUGCCGCCCGCAUCUGGGACGGGGUGAAGAAGUCAUCCGCCCUGGCAGAGUACAGCCGCCUGCUGGCCUGAGGCCAAGGGGAAUGUCGGGCAGAGAACCCCCUCCCGGGCCCCAGUGGAUGGCUGGGGGCACACACAUUUCCUCCCCCCUCAGGGUGGAGAGUGGCAGCAGGCCUGACAGACGAGGGACGGCAGCUUCCUCACCCAGAGACACGAGGUGUCCAGGGCCAGGCCCCCACCCUCAAUGGAGCGUUGUUUUGGGGGGACUUUGAGAUUCCCCCCCCCAACCUGGGCGGGGCAGCCCGUCCUCAGCCCCCCACGGGGACAGGCGGUGGCAGGAGCUGCGAGGUCACCGGGAAGCCCAGGCUGCAUCUCGGCCUCCCUCUGCAGGGACAGGGACAGCACGUCCCUCUGCCCUGACUCAGGCCCUGGCCUGUAGGUGAGGCAGGGUUGGGGAGCUCUUUCUCAGGGCAGAUCUGGUGAUUGGAAUAAAAAGUCGUGCAGGCUUCUUGGGGUACUUCUUUCUCCCUUACCCCUGGUGUGCGCAGCUGGGUCCCUGCCCUUGGAGGCAAGUUGGCCGAGGCCACCCACCGGAGCCUGAAUCAGCUGUGAGGGCACACCCACUGUGGGUCAUGGAGUUGUCGGGAGCAGAGAAAGUCCUGUCUGCGCUAAGGAGGAAGCCUCUAGAAAGGGGCGUUCUCUCUCCUGGGGUGAUGUCAAGCCUUCCAUCUCUGUUACGGGUGGGAAAGAACAAUACCCCCUCGUGUCCGCUGCUCUCUCUUGAAGACAGUGCCUGCCUUUGGUGACAUGCCUAGUUACAUGCAAUGCCCAAUUCAAUACGCACAAAAGAGAACAUGGCCGGGAGUUCCCUUCAUGGCACAGCAGAAACAAAUCCGGCUAGUAUCCAUGAGGAUGCGGCUUCGGUCCCUGGCCUUGCUCAGUGGGUCGGGGAUGUGAGCUGCGGUGUGGUCGCAGACGUAGCUUGGAUCCCCCAUUGCUGGGGCUGUGGUGUAGGCUGGCAGCUACAGCUCUGAUUGGACCCCUCACCUGGGAACUUCCAUAAGCCGUGGGUGUGGCCCUAAACACACACACACACACACACAAAUGGAACAUGGCUCUAGUUAAAUACACUUAGUUAAAUAUAGUGCACUCAAUGUCCAUGGGAGAUUGGUUCCAGGACACACACACCGGCAGAUACCAAACUCCACAGAUGCUCAAGUCCCAUCCCUUAUAUAAGUAUUUAUAUAAGGAAUAGUGUAGUAUUUGCAUAGAACCUACUUAAAAAACCUAAUCCAAUGUCAAUACGAUAUAAAUUGUUGUAAAUACAAUGUAAAUGAUAUGUAAAUAGUUGCCACUGCUUGGAAAAUUCAAGAUUUGCUUUUUGGAA